UAGUUAAAUAACACAUAAUUUACUUUGACGGCCCAGGUCAUGAAAUAGUAACGGGCGGCGAGGGGUGGGCAUUAACUGAAGAGCGAAGUCAAGCUUAGUGGCGAGGCAACCUCCGCGACAGACGGUCGUCCGUCAGACGAUUUUUUGUCUCUAAAAUUACGCGACGAAAAUAUUAACGAUUGUUCUUGUGAUGACAGUAUUUGUGACUUAGAUAAGAUGUGAUAACUUUUUCCUAAACUCUGUGAGGAUGUUUGUCUUAGCAGUUCUCAGCUUACUUAUACAAGAAUCGUUACCGCUCCGGAUGGUGCGCGUGUCGGUGCCGGCGUACCGCGUGCGCGGGCAGCCGGCGCAGCUGGACUGCGACUACGACCUCGGCGACGACGCGCUCUACUCCGUCAAGUGGUACCGCGACAACGAGGAGUUCUACCGGUACAUGCCCAAGUUCGACCCGCCGAAGCACGCCUACAAGAUAGAGGGGAUCAAAGUUGAUGUAGCUAAGUCAGAUGACCGCAAAGUGAUCCUGCACCAAGUGAUGCUGAAGACGUCGGGGCUGUACCGGUGCGAGGUGUCUGCAGAAGCACCGAGCUUCUCCUCGGCAGCUGGAGAGGGAAAAUUAGAAGUUAUUUAUUUACCAAGAGAGAGCCCUAGAAUAACGGGCAAUGAACAGGAGAACCGAAGAGGAGAUUCAUUAUUUCUUAAUUGUAUGUCGGGGAGGUCAUACCCAGCCGCCGUGCUCAGUUGGGAUAUCGAUGGGGAAAAGGUGACAGACCCAGACCUCCUCGUGGAGUAUCCCCCGACGCUGCAUGCUCACGGGCUGAUAUCUUCGGCUCUGGGCCUGCGGGUGCCGGUGGGGAGAACUAUGCAGGUGCGGUGCACGGCGCGGGUCGCGCCCGCCUGGAGAGAAGGCAGCGAGGCUGUUGUUGGGAACCAGCUGGCGGAUAGCAAGGAAGCCAUGUUGCUCGUGAAGAGCUCAAGCGACGUGCCAUCAUCGAGCAUAAUCCUGUUAACACUAGCCCUGGGCCUACUAAUCGCGCCAACAACGGCACAAUCCAAGACGUGAUAAAUUAUCUCCGGUCUUAUAUUAACAAACGUGAUUUAGGCGUAACACUCCGAGUAGGCUGUGAAAUCGAUGUAAGAAAUUGACGUCAU